CUCCAUGCCUCUCCGCCGGUACUUUAGCAGCUCCGCAGUACAUCUGUCUCUCCCUCUCCCUCGCCGAUCUUCCUGCCGCGUCACCAGCUCUCUCCUCUCUCUCCUCCCUUCCUCCUCGCCAUAGUCUCUCGUUCGAUAGCCCAGUAUGUAUCGCAUGCGCGUAGUCGUGCUGGUCAUCUGCCUGAACGUCUUUGCCAUCUCCUUAUUUGUCUUUUCCUCACAUCCCGUCUCCGCGCGGAUAGCCAAAUCAACAGCAGACUUUGUCGUCGGAUCAAAUGACAAUCUUCAGGCGAAGGUUGUAGAGGAGCCAAUAUUCACUCCACAUGUGGUCACAAAAACAGUAUCGACAGACAUCCAGGAGCCGACGCCGGUCCCUCCCUCAUACUGCCUCGAUCCCUACAAACGACCGGGCUACUUUUUCAACCCCAGAGUCAAGAAGGGCCGUGAAAUCGCUGGCUUCAUAGCUUCGCGAUUCGUGCCAUACUAUGACGACCUGCUCGAGCGAGAGCCGCCCCGUUCGGCGCAGUACCCACCUCCAGAAGGCUACGAUCCGACAAGAAACGCCGAGCUGAUGUUUACAGAAGCAGAGAUCCCUGGCGACAUUCUCCGCUUUGCACCCAUUAACUGGCUCCAGCUCGUGCACGACUAUCUCUACUGGAUCGUGCACACGGAGGACGGGCCGUCAGAAACUAUUCACCGUCACAUCGGCGAACUCUGGGAGCAAAUAAAGUGGAUGCAACACCGACGAGUGCUCCUGCUCGCCGACUCGGUCGACCGCUACAUGAUUGUGCAUCUCUGCGAAGAUCUCGGCCUCGAAGCGGAGGACUACCUGACGCCAAUUCGCACUGGUGGUCGUUGCGUAAUCGAACCACUCAAUUUUACAGUCUACUACUGGCAUGUGCCGUCGAUGUACACGUCGCGGCCGGACUGGUGGUUUUCGGAGCUGAUUGAAAAUGUGCCAUUCGAGAAUCGCACGGAAAACCUCUUUAUGAAAGCAGGCAUUGACGACGUCCUGGGCGAGAACGGCGUCGCACCAGAUUUAAUUAUUUACCAAUCCCUGCUCUGGGACUGGAAAGCCAACCAGAUCGGCUACCGCGUGAGCAAAGGCAUGUCGCCCUACACAGACAAGUUUGCGCGGCCGCUGUUUUGGUCUGAGCUCGACUUUUACCGCGCGCGGCAGCAGAUGUUUAUCGAGUACUUUAGAGGUCUGUUUGGGCCCGACGUUCCGAUGAUGUACCGUGCGGUCGCACCCUUGCGAGAUGGUGGCGCCCCAGAGAUCGGACUUCGUCAGCUCGACGCAAUGGCGCGUUUAGUGGCAUCGAACCACGACAUCGAAGUUUUUGAAUGGGGGUACAGUCUACUAGGACAUCCAGAGGUUUACAAGGACAAGAUGCACGUUAUCAACAGUCCACAGGCGUCACUGUUCAUAAACAUGAUGUUUUACUAUCUCCAUCGGUCAUUGGGCGGCACCGAGGAGCGCGGACAGGUCACCCGGACGCCGGAACAGUUCAUGUCCGUUCCCGGGAGAACAGCGGGCGAUGCAUGGCGAGAGUGCAAUAUGUACAACGUGAAAGUAUCAAGCCAUUAAAUGGCAUUGCAUGGGUUAAUUUGUGUAUUUAUGGUCGUUCAUCUUUUUUCUUUUCCUUCACAUAUGUGGAUAUUUGCAUAUGUAUGUAUACAAUGGGUAUGGUGUUUCUCUGCAGAUCAUUUUUCUGUACUAUUCUUCUCGGGCUGCAGGGAAGAUACCAAAAUGCGAGUUCAGCUUAUACAAAAGACUCUGGCUAUCAAAAUAAAUAGACAACAGUGAAUUUGACAGAACACAGUUGAUAAAGAACAGAAGCC